AUGUCUGCAACUGCUUCUUCAUCCUCGCAUCGGAAUCAUGAGGGUGAUGAUUCAGUUCGGGAAUCUACUCAUCCGAGCUCAUCGUCAUUGGCAACCACUAGUACUCUGCCCAAAACAAUACCAUUUCCAUACUUGAUCUGCUUUGAAAAUACAUAUUAUUGGAGGGCUGCUUUUAAUCAUAUCAUUGGAAAAUUGUACAUUUCAUUUGAUUUUCUGUAUUUUGAAGGACAUGAAUCGACCAUGCUGAUUCAUGGAAAGCCAUUGGCAAAUGCAUCUUCUCCUGUAAAUAUUGUAAAAACUGAAAAAAACAGACCUGUCUCAGUCGUUGUAUUAUUUGAAAAUAUUCAUUCGGUGGAACGUGAAAAUUAUUUAUUGAAUCCUUGUUUAUGUGUGAAAACUAAUUUAAAUCAUGGAGAGAAGCAUUACUUCUACAAGUUGGAAAGUAUUACGAACUGUAUUUCAAUAAUUGAACAUGCAAGUCAAAUGUCACUCUCAUGCCAACUUCGAAACAAAUUAAUCGCUUUGAAAGAAGAGAGACCUGAAGUCAAAUCCCAUUCAAAACCCACAAAACAAAAACCUACCAAAAAGAAACAAACAUCCACUUCUGAUGAAGAACUUUCCACUCGAGACAAAAUUGAACGUGAAAAAGAUGAAAUGAUCUUGCUGGCCAAACGUACCAAGAGUAUCAAUCAGGAUUCUCUUCAACUGCUAUCUUCUCAGCAAAACGACCUGAAAGAAACUAAAGAAAAAUAUUUAGAACCAAUGAAUACAUACAAUGCUCUUGGAAGUCGAUUGUUGACAGGAAUGUCAUGGGGUGGAUUUUUCAAAAAUUUGUGGAGUUAUUCGAAUUGGAAAAAAAUAGAGAAACAAGCUCUUGUGUUUCAACAGGAAACCCCUGAAAAACAAAGAAGCUUAGAUUUUGAUGCGCAUGCGUUUGAAAUUUUGAUACGAAAAGGAGAUGAAAAACAUUAUACUCCAAGCAUUGCUGUAAUGCGAUCGAAAGUAAUGGAAAUUAUUGACGAUAGACAAAGCAGAUACAUUCAAGAAUCAAUCGAGUUUUCCAAUUUGAGUGGAUUAGAAGUUCGAACUCCUUUUAUUCUCACUUUAAUUUUUAAAUCCACGAAUAUCACUCUCACAAUAUUAUCUGUAUUUACACCUUUCAUUAUUGAUCAUAUCAAGAGCUGUAACAAGACAAUUAUUCCAAUGGAUGAAACUGGUUGUUUUCAUUCUUCAAAAUUUGAUUUAUUUUCCUUGUAUUCGAAAAAUUCUAUUCAACUUGUACAAAUAUCCACUGAUUUGCUUCGAGAUUAUUUCCCCAAAGAUUUGGAGGACGAAACAAAUAAGAAAGACGCAAAAUUAGAUUAUUUGUUCGACAUUGUAAAUGACAUUCACUCCAUGGCGAGUGUUACAAAUAAUGUGUUAACAGAGUCUGGCCAAUUUUUGGAAGAUUUUGUUACGGAUGUACAAGGAGUGACGAGUGAUGUAAACAAGAACACCAAAGUGAUCGAUAAGAAAUUAGAGUCUUCAUGGUUUUAG